AUGGGCAAAUCGGAAAUCCAGUCAUGGAUUGCCUCGACGUCAACUGCAGCAGAUGAUGAUACUGAAUACGGAGAAUCUAGUCCUUCUCGCCUGGAAUGGCGCAGGUCGGAUGUGCUUGCAGAUUGGUCUCGUGCACUCGAAGUGGCUCGCAGCCGACUUCUCACCAGCAGCACGAAGAAGCGCUUAGAAUUUCUCAGUGAAGAGCUAUUGGUUCUAGCUAAACAUGCAGAUCUCAAGCUGUCGCAAGUGCUUGAUUUAUUCCAGCUGCUUACACUCACAUAUUCUCGAUAUGUUGAUAUGCCGUCGCGUGAAGCCGUCGAGGCUGUAGGCAUGGAGCUCGUGCGACGAGAUGAAUUGCGUGGGAGGCCGGAUGGAGAGCCCGAAGAAAGUCCCAUGGGGGUAGCAGAGCAGAUUGUCGGUUGGCUGGUCACCGAAGUCGGGCGCAUGGCGAGUCGAGGAAGCUCCUACGCAUCUGCGGACAUAUUUGUCCUAUUGAGUUGGUGCUGUGGACUGUAUACCGUCUGUUUGCAGUGCAGUCCUGACUUCGUCACUACCUCUUCGAUCGCAUGGAAUGGCUUGAUUAGUGUGAUCGCAAAUCUGGUAGACUUAGUAUUGGAUGAUUCGACACGUAUAAAGCCUUCCAUUCGGAAGAGCGCGCUUGUGCGGACCCGACGCGCUUUACGAUCAAGUCCGCAAAAUAUAUCAAAUGCGAUGAAAGCAUUACUUUUGAAAGUCAAGAAUCAUCCUCGUCCAAUGUCAUUGGCACCGUUGUUGGGUAUAUGUGUGGAUGUAAAGAUUCGGCUGAAGAAUAUCAAGGACGAGAGCUUGAGAGAUCUAGACUCUUCACUGAAGACGGAGAUACUGAACUACUAUACCGCGUCAAUAUUGCUCUCAAAGACGUCCGUAUCGAUGCAUGUUUCGACCGCUUUGAAUGAUUUCAUUAGCACCUCAAUCACCACCGAAGAUUUUACCGUUUCUGUGCUUCCAACGAUGGAAAAAGCGUUGCUGAGAUCCCCUGAAAUUUCCCUGAGUGUCGUCACCCAUUUUUUUGUGACGUAUCCCCAUCCAGUUGAAGGUGACAGUCUCCGCAGAAUACUUACGCCAACAUUGAAUAGUGCCAAAUCGACCAACCAGCUUGUUCGUGCGGGCUCUAUCUCUUUGUUCAGUUCUAUUGCAGAGAAGACUCGAGAUUCGAGUGAUGUCGAUGUUGCUGCCGCCGAGGUCUUAGCUCUUCCAAGAGCUGGUAAGACUGCAGGACCUGAUCAUCGGGCAACCUUAUAUACGAUUCUGGGUUGUAUCAGGCCUUCGAGCUCGGUGUCUCCGUCGAUACUCAAUGCUGGCCUUCCUCUUCUAGCCAAGGAGACUCAUGAUGCAGCUGUUGUAGCCCUGUCCUCUGCUUUGGUUACCCAUUUGACCCACUGCCUACACGAAAACGUUGUAAUGUCACCUGAUGCUGUCGUUCUGCUAACAAAGGAAAUGAAUGGUUCUAAACCUGUCCUUCGGCGCGCCUUCUGCUCGUUAGUUGGCGAUGCGUUCUGGCAACUGGAGGCUGUUAGUUCGGAUAUGUCCCUAGCGUUGGCGGAAACUCUUCUUUCCUCUCUAGAGACAAACCUGAAGACUGUUGCUGCUGGACCUUUGACUUCGGCUGCCGGACCCCUGGAAGGAUACAUUGCGCUGGCAAUUAUUCUUUCGCCGCUAUCUCGUUCGGGAAAAUUUGAUACUGCUAUCUCGCGAAAUACGACAUUGCAGUCUAUCUUGUCCACAGGCUCAAAGCCAUCAUUCCUCCUGUGGGAGAAAGUCUACCAGAAAUUGGGCGGGAUUGAUGAAGAGAUUUGGCUCCUUCGAGCUGUACAAGCAUCUCUUGUUUACUUCAAAAAUGACGUUAUGCGGAAUGAACAAGCCCGUGCAAUGAUGGGUCUCAUCUUUCUGCAUCUUGCUGUUGAGAGCCAGUAUCCUCAAGUUCGACGGUCUACCAUCAGUGCUCUAGAAUCGCUCACCAGAAGUCAGCCCGAGCUAACACCUACCGUCGUACUCUCAGCGCUAUCAUUAUACUGGUCGAGAGAGGGGGCGGUAACUUCAAAGGUAGCUAAUGGUAGUCUUGAGGAAGGUGAGACCGGUGUCAGUAAGGGGGGUCGUUUAUCGGCACUUCUCUUGACGUCUGCUGCAUUUGCGGAGGAUUGUGAUGACUCGUUGCGAAAAACUUCACUCGUGAAUAGUGUUGUGCUAGCUCAUCACCCGCUCUUAGACAGCGGUUCACGGCAAAUAUGGAUUGAAUGUUGUCAGAAGGCAAGAGUUGAUCCCCAUGCACUUGUCUGUGAGCGGAUAGAGUCGGUCUUCCAGGAAGUUAUGGGGGCAUUAGACAUUCAAUCCAAGACUUCUUGCGGUACUCUAUCAGAAGCUAGCUAUCGUGCUAUUACGACUAUUGUCUUCAUUGCUCCGGAGGUUGUCUUACCCAGAGUCAUGCAACAACUGAAUGCGGAUAUCGAUCCUGAUAAGACUAGUUCGUUAAGCGACAUUGACUUGGCGAUAUGGGCAACACCCGAUGGACAGACAUAUGUUGAUGUGCUUGCCUCGAAAAAGGUUGAAGAGCCUCAGAAGAAGGGAAAAGGAUACAAAGAUGCACAGUGGGAGGCAGAGGUGCGUAAGUCAUUGGCAAGCAAGAAGGGUUCAGCACCGUCUACGCUGUCAAAGCAAGAUAUUGCGUUAUUGGAGGCUCAGCUGGAAAAAGAAAGACGAGUUCGGCAACGCGUAUCGAGUGUGAAGGCCCAGUUGGAGCGCGGCCUUAAUCUUGUGCACAGUCUGGUGCUCGCUCGAGUGGAUGAAUUCCGAGUCUACCUCUCAUCUAUAGUUGCCUCGCUAUUGCGUGGAGCCUUUGGGAAUGCAGUAAAACUCGUAGGCUCAUCUUCUUUCGAGCGGUAUUUGGAACUGGCCGAAGCGUGUUCGGGCCGUCUAGAAGCUUUUAGCAGGUGGAUCGGCGUUGCAACUCUGCGAAGCUUGCAAGUGGAGGGCGUCCCAGAGGAUUUCGAAUUAGAGCCUUUGAAUGCACUCGUACUCCGUAUAUUACACAGGCUGCGCUCAUUGUCAGAACAAAGUCCCUUCGAUGCGGCCACUUUUGCAUACAUGUCGCCUUUGUUGAGUCAAAUAUUCUCUCAGGGAGGAAUUGCCAUGGCCGAAGAAGAUGAUCCAUUGGAGCAAGUGGCUCUGACUGUCGACAUCAUUAAAUUCCACUCGGGUGAAUUUGCCGAUCCUGUGUUUCCGCGAAUCAGGACACUUCAGGACCUUCUACACGGUAUAAAAACCCAGCCCAAAGUGGCCAAAGAGGCGUCUUCGGCCCUUAUAGACAUCGGUCAAGCUAUGCAAUCUACUGCUUCUCGUGAUGAACUUGACGUGCUCCUGCGUGGAACUUUACAGCAGGAGGUCUACGUCAGAAAUUCUUGCCUGCAGACGCUCCAGCCUUUCGAUUUGACGGACCUAGACUGGUCGCCUGAGCUGUGGAUAGCGUGCCAUGAUGACGAUGAUCAAAACGCUCGUUUGGCUAACCAUGUAUGGGAGGACAACGGACUUGAUGUUCCAGAGCAUUUCUUACAAGAUUUGAUCGCAUUCCUCGAGCAUGAGAAUGCGUACGUUCGCGCUAGCUGUGCUACAGCUUUGGCAGACGCAGUCUUGAAUCAUUGGCUCCAAACUAUCAGCAAGGUACUUGUAGUAUUGCAAGACUUCUACCGCGAAAAGGCUAAGGUUCUUGCGCCGGAGUUCGAUGAAUAUGGCAUGGUUAUCGCUCAAAGUCUUGACCGCAGUGACCCGUGGCCAACGCGGAUAGCACUUGCUCGCACAUUCGAACUGCUGGCACCCGCAUUCAAGACCGAGGAUGUCGAACCUUUCUUUACUUUCCUGAUCCGCGAUCAGGCUUUGGGGGAUCGCAAUGCCGACGUCCGUCGGGGUAUGCUUAGUGCAGGCACUGCGGUUAUUGACCUUCAUGGAGCAAAGCGACUCCCUGGUUUGAUAGCUAUGUUUGAGAGCCAGCUGUCGGGCAAUAGUCUUGCUACGGAGACGGCUGACCACAUCAAAGAAGCGGUUGUGAUUCUGUUUGGAAGGGUGGCGAGACACUUGGAUCCCUCUGACAGCCGUGUACCGAAAAUAGUGGAGCGACUUGUAGAAGCCUUGAAGACACCCGCAGAACAGGUGCAAAUGGCCGUCUCGGAUUGCUUGGUCGCUCUAGUCAAUCGUAUGCGAUCACCAUUAGCAGCAUUGAUCAACCGUCUCCUGGAUGAACUUUUUGAUGCUCCAAAAUAUGCCGCACGUCGUGGUGCAGCUUAUGGAUUAGCAGGUGUCAUCAAAGGCGCAGGUAUUGCUUCAAUGAAGGAACUCAAUAUCCUAGAGCGCUUGAAGGCGGCCGCCGAAGAUAAGAAGCGCUAUGAGCCACGCCAGGGCGCAAUGUUUGCCUUUGAGACAUUUUCGACGACUUUGGGGCGGCUUUUUGAGCCUUAUGUGAUCCACAUUCUCCCAGUAUUACUGACAUCUUUCGGUGACGCGACGCCCGAUGUGCGGGAAGCCACACACGAAGCUGCUCGAGUCAUUAUGGCUAAUAUGUCGGGCUACGGUAUCAAGACCAUCACUCCCUCCCUGCUCUCUGGCCUUGAUGAAAAGCAAUGGCGAACCAAGAAAGGUUCUAUCGAGCUACUGGGAAUGAUGGCUUAUUGUGCCCCAAGACAGUUAUCACAGUCACUUCCUAUUGUCAUACCAAGAUUGACUGCUGUUUUGACCGAUGCCCAUGCUCAGGUGCGAGUAGCAGCGAACAAGAGUUUGAAACAGUUCGGUGAGGUCAUUAGCAAUCCAGAGAUUCAAGCACUCGUACCUGUCUUCCUCAAAGCCAUGGUCGACCCAGGCAGGACACCUAAUGCAUUGACAGCACUUCUCAAAACCUCAUUCGUACACUAUAUCGACCACUCAUCGCUUGCCUUGGUCGUUCCUAUCAUUGAUCGAGGCCUGCGGGAACGCAGCGCUGAUACUAAGCGAAAGGCCGCCCAGAUUAUUGGGAACUUGGCAUCUCUGACAGAUUCCAAGGACUUCGUUCCAUAUCUCUCUCAGUUGCUGCCCUUGGUGCAUGUCGUACUUGUAGACCCGGUCCCGGAAGCUCGAGCAACCGCCGCAAAGGCUUUAGGUACCCUGGUUGAGAGACUGGGCGAAGUUCAUUUCCCCGAUUUGGUCCCCGGUCUGCUUCGCACUCUAAAGACAGACACAUCUGGUGUCGACCGGCAGGGCGCCGCGCAAGGUCUUAGCGAAGUCCUUGCUGGGCUCGGAAUGGAACGCAUGGAGGGCUUGCUCCCCGAUAUUAUCGCUAAUGCACAAUCACCGCGCAGCACUGUCCGAGAAGGCUUUAUGUCGCUUCUUGUUUUCUUGCCCGCUACUUUUGGCACUCGCUUCCAGCCACAUCUUCCAAAAAUCGUUCCACCCAUUCUGGGAGGUUUAUCAGACACUGAGGAUUACGUACGGGAUGCUGCAAUGCGCGCUGGACGGAUGAUCGUGACAAAUUACUCGACCAGGGCGAUAGACUUACUGUUACCCGAGCUGGAACGCGGCAUGUUCGAUCCUGGUUGGCGUAUUCGUCAAUCAUCGAUCACUCUUGUUGGGGAACUACUGUUCAAAGUUUCCGGCAUCAGUGGUAAAGCUGAGAUCGAAGAGGAUGAAGAAGUGGUUGAGACCGCCAUGGCCGAAACAUCACGCCGUGCACUCGUCGAGGUCCUCGGCCCAGAGCGUAGAGAUAGAAUUCUCUCUGCAUUGUAUCUUGCCCGACAAGACGCUGUCAACGUUGUACGACAAUCAUCGAUACAUAUCUGGAAGGCUUUGGUACAUAACACUCCGCGCACAGUGCGGGAGAUUCUUCCUGAAUUAGUUAGCCAGGUUAUAUCGUUGUUGGCUGGCGAGGAGAGUGACCAGCAAGAGACAGCUGCCCGAACAGUGGCUGAGCUUUGCCGCAAGUCUGGAGAGAAAAUCUUUGGAGAGAUGAUCUCGAUACUCAAAUCACGUCUGGCUUCAACUGAUCCUAAGAUUCGCGAAGGAGUGUGUCUGACGCUUUGCGAGCUCAUGGAGAGCACAACCGAUAACCAGCGAGAGGGUCAUGAAGACGAGAUCAUAACUAUGGUUCGCGCCUCACUGGUCGAUGAUGAAGCCGAUGUUCGCGCCGCUGCCGCAAAGGCCUUCGAUACUCUCCAGGAGCACAUCGGUGCUAAAGCCAUUGACCAGACAAUUCCCACACUGCUCGAAGCCCUGCGCCAGCCUGGACAGAGUUCGGGUACGGCGUUGCAGGCGCUGAAAGAAGUUAUGGCGGUUCGCGCCAGUACUGUGUUCCCGGUCCUAAUCCCGACAUUGACUGCAAUUCCGAUGUCUGUGUUCAAUGCACGAGCACUGGCAUCUCUUGUUACUGUUGCAGGCACCGCAUUGAGCAAGCGUUUGACGGUGAUCCUCACAGCUCUGGCUAAAGUUAGAGAGAGCCCUGACCUCAAAGACGAAGAGGAGCUUGAUUCCGCUAUAUCUGAAGCUAUACGCGCAUUACUUGGAUCGAUUUGUGACGCAGAAGGGCUUCACACCCUUAUGCUAUUGCUGCUUGGAUGGGCUAAACACGAGGCAGUUGCUCGUCGUAUAACGGCCUGCGAACUGCUUUCCAUUUUCUGCGAGGAAUCGGAACUAGACUCGUCUUUGUAUCGCAUCGAUUGGAUCCGACAACUUGUCUCUCUCAUGGAUGAUAGCGAAGUUGAAGUUCACAAAGCCGCUCUGCAUUCACUUGACGCUUUCAUCAAAUCUGUUCCAAAGGACGAACUUGAACCACUGGUCGUACCAUUGCGUCGUACUAUUGAAGGUACUGGUGCUCCUGGCAGACAUGUGCCCGGAUUCAGUCUCCCCAAAGGCGUUGCACCCACUGUCCCCGUCAUUAUCGCAGGCCUUACAACAGGCAGCAACGAGCAGAGGGAGCAGGCAGCGUACGCGAUUGGCGACCUUGUUGAGCGAACUGAGGAGAACUCCCUCAAGCCUUUCGUAGUACAAUUCACCGGGCCUCUCAUUCGCGUCGCAACUCAAGCUACCACUUAUCCACCCGCGGUCAAGUCGGCUAUCUUGACUGCGCUCGCCACAAUGCUUGAUCGUAUACCGAAUUUCGUCAAGCCCUUCUUCCCACAAUUGCAACGCACAUUUGUCAAAAGUGCAAGCGACCCUGCCAGCCUGUCUGUACGCAACAAGGCCGCCCAAGCACUGGGAAUGCUCAUGCGUAGCCAACCACGGGUGGACCCGGUAAUUACCGAGUUGAUAACUGGGGUCAAAAGCAAUGACGACUCCAUCGCAAGCAGUCUUGUGCUCGCCCUAGCCUAUGUAGUAAAAAACGCUGGGACAAAUGUUGGCGAGAAGGCAAGGGAAGCUUGCGUUGAAAUCGUGGCAGAAGCGUUCCGAGAGGUCCAUGCUGAGGGUUAUAGCCAGGCUGUUGCGACGCUGUUCUCCGUUAUCUCGCCACCACAAAUUCUUCAGCCCAUCAUUGAGGCCAAUCUCCUGGUGGGGACACCACCUUCUGUGUUAUCUUCGCAAUGUAUACUUGCAGUCCUAUCUCCGGAUGACGAUCUUACAUCAAGCGACCCCGACGCUCCUAAUGCUUUCCAAGAACUGGGUGUGCUCAGAAGCAUUGCACAAAAAGUCCAGGAGAGCGUCGCGAGUGAUCGCCCAUCAAUCUCGCGGCCUGCUCGUGAAGCAAGAGAUCUUCUCAAGGAAUUCGAUGAAGCUGGUCUAUAA